AAGGCGACAUUUACAACUAAAUUAGACGAAUAAAUGACUUUUUAGGAUAACACAAAGUUAUACACAUACAAAUAUUUAAAUUAUAUGACGAGGCGUUGAUAAGAUGCUUUAGUGGAACUUUACUGUGAUAGUACGAACAUUUGUAUACAGAUGUUGUUCUUGUUUCUGUUUCAUGCAAGCAACAGAAGCUAUUAAUAAGAAUAUUCUGAAAUAAUAUAAUGCCACAAAAAGACGGGCGAAUCUGCUGUGCAAUAAUACGUCAAAUAAUGGGAACGACACAAACCAAAAGUCUAUAAGGAAAAUAAAAAUACAAAAAUAAAAACGAAAGGGAAAUAAAAAGAAAAGGGACGAACGAGACGCAAAUAAUAAAUUGAAAUUCCGAUUUCGAAUCAAGUGUUUUUGGCUCUGUUCAUUUGUGCAGUUGUGUGUUUUUUAUUCAAUCAAAAUUAUAAAAUCAGUUUCACGCAAUUUGUUACAUACAUAUAUACCUACACAAAUCCUGCUUAAAAUACAUUCAUACAUAAGUGUAUAAGAGGCUCCUUCAAUGGAUGACGAAUUGGAAGAUAAAAUCUUCUAUCAGACAUACGUAUCGCAUAUGAAAAUCCUGUCCAAGUUUGCAGUGGGCUUCUCGUCCAUCAACUCGCCCCUGGCCUAUUUAUGGAAACUAUGCCGCAUCUACGUGCUCCGUCCCGAGGUCAUAUUCUGCGGCAUCAUUCUCUUUGUCUUGUUGCUCUAUUUACAAGCGGUUGAUGUCUGGAGUCGCACAAUCUUGGGACGCAUCCAGGCGACAUUGGGACGCCAAAAGGCAUCAGCGCGUGUCAUGGAAUUGGCGGGCAAUGCCGGCGAUCAUCAGUCCUGGGAGGAAGUGCGUCAGCAAAGCGCCGCCUUUGCUGUCCUAGGACGUAGACCGCACAUGGAGGACAGAUUUAUCAUCGAGGAGAACAUCAACAAUAACACGGCGAUUUCGUUCUUUGCCGUCUUCGAUGGACAUGGCGGCGAAUUUGCCGCUGACUUUGCCCGAGAUAUCUUGGUCAAGAAUAUCUACAACAAAAUCAUAGAAGCUAACAAGCUGCUCAAGAACGAGGACAAAUCCGACUACAAUGGCUACGACAAGAGUCCGUAUCUGGCGCGCAAACAAAGCCGCAAGGAUACGGCCAACAAGGAGAAUGCGGAGCCAGUUGCCCGGCGGGACAGUCUCCGUAAGGCGCACAGCACCACAGUCGAUUGCAGCGCCAUCAAACCAAAGACGACGGAGGCAUCGAUUGCCGACAUUUAUACGGCGCAGUUGAACAGCGCAAUGCGUGCCGCAAAUGGAGGCAAUUCCGCCAAAGAAUCAUUUCUAAAUAACAACAAUAAUGCUCAGAAUGCUGGCAAUGCGCCGCCUCCAAGUUACGAGGCCAAAUGUUAUAUCGAACAUGGACGCAUUAACUUUGGCAAACUCAUCACAGACGAAAUUCUCUCAGCGGAUCAUAAGCUGGUCGAGCAGGCCAAGCUCGCGACGAACAUAGCAGGAACCACAGCAUUAAUUGCUAUUGUACAGGGUAGCAAGCUGAUUGUGGCCAACGUGGGUGAUUCCCGUGGCGUAAUGUACGAUGCCCGUGGCAUUGCCAUACCAUUGUCCUUUGAUCAUAAGCCGCAACAGGUGCGGGAACGUAAACGGAUACACGACGCCGGCGGAUUUAUUGCCUUUCGCGGGGUGUGGCGUGUGGCUGGCGUCUUGGCCACGUCACGAGCACUGGGCGAUUAUCCGCUCAAAGAUAAGAAUCUUGUCAUCGCCACACCAGACAUUUUGACCUUCGAGCUGAAUGAUCACAAGCCCCGUUUUCUGAUACUCGCCUCGGAUGGCCUAUGGGACACAUUCAGCAACGAGGAGGCCUGCACCUUUGUCCAGGAGCAUCUCAAGGAGCCAGACUUUGGCGCCAAAUCCUUGGCAAUGGAAUCAUACAAACGUGGCUCGGUGGACAACAUCACUGUGCUGAUAAUUGCCUUUAAGAACGAUGUUUUUCGCAUUGCCAGCGCAACUGGCAAAGUUGGUGGCGAUGCUCCCUUGGCCAAAUCCCCGUCGGCUGCCGUUGUGCAGCGCUCAAAUUCGAUUAAAACAAAGUGACAGAUGUGGUGGUUCAACAGGUGUUCCCGAUUCAAAUAAGCAGCCUCCACAAGAACAAAAAAAGUGCCCAAAAACUUCUAAGCAUUAGCCGCGAUCGCCAGUUGUACGAAAUUUGUCAAUGCUUUUUUUUUUGGUUUCGAUGUUUAGGAUUGUUUUUAGAAAUUGUUGUUUUGUACAAAUUGUUUAGCCUUAUCACGCCAGCGCAUGCAUUAUGUUUUCUCCCCCACCUCCCUAAACAACACUCAUUCAUCAAGUUCAUAAAUAGUAUAUUUAUUUAAAU